AUGAAGGCCUUCACCCUCCCCGUCCUCAUCUCCGCCGGCCUCGUUGGCCUGGCCUCUGCCCGUACCAAUCUCGCCGGCUGCGUUUCCUCCGCCACCGUCAACCAGUGGCACGAGGCCAGCAUGAUCUGGUACGUUCCUGACAGCGGCGAGAUCUGCGAUAUCCCCGACUGCGGUGGUGGUCGCGCUCCUCCCAAGAACGCCCCCGGUUGCGCCGCCUACACUGGCACCGAGACCCUGACUCCCAGCUACCUGCCCGGCUGGGGUCCCAACGGCAAGUCAGCCGCCACCACGGCUCACACUGCCUCCGCGACCACCGUCGCCGAGACCUCCGUUGCCACCACUUCCUCGGCCGCCUCUUCCACCGACGAGACUACCUCCUCCUCUUCCUCCUCCGAGACCAAGACUAAGCACGGUAGCACUCUGAUCACCCCCGGUCCUACCCUCUCCAAGGCCGCCUCGUCGACCCCUGCCGGCUCUUCUUCCCCCGUUAAGUCCUCCUCUGCGGCCGGUGGCUCUUCGUCUUCCGGCGGCAAGGGCUCCGGUUCCGGCUCUGGCUCCGGCUCUGGAUCCAAGACUGCCUCUGCCUCCAGCGGUCUUGCCACCGGUGCUGCCUCCAGCGUUUCCGGAUCCAGCAUCGCCGCUGUGGCUGUCAUUGCCGCUCUGGUCGGCGUUGUCGGUCUGUAA